AUCCAGCUCCCUCAUUUCUCACCAGUCCGGACGCGAGUCUUUCGCAAAGCAUAUCACGCCGAAGAGUUACGAUCACGAUGAGCGGCCGCAAGCUCAGUGCACUCGAGCAGAGGCUACACCAAGCAGCUCUGGCCGACCCGAAGAAGACUCUGUCUCAAAAAGAAGUCGAGACCCUCAUCCCAGAUGCUGCUUCUCGUAUGGAUGCGAUCAAUUUUCUGCUAGGUACGGGUCUAUUCAAAGCCAUGAAGGACACGAAGGGUGUCUUGUCAUUCCGUGUGGUUGCAAAGAAGGAGAUUGAAGUUAAGAAGGACAUGACCGGGGAGGAGGGCAUGGUGCUCAGCCACAUACAAGCUUCAGGCAACGAAGGCAUCUGGACUAAGCAUCUCAAAGCCAAGACUGAGCUACACCAGACCAUCAUCGAUCGCUGCAUUAAAUCGCUCACGCAAAAGCAGCUCAUCAAGGCCGUAAAGUCGGUAAAGUAUCCUACUCGCAAAAUCUACAUGCUGUUCCACCUCGAUCCUUCCGUUGAGAUGACUGGAGGGCCAUGGUACACCGACAACGAGCUCGAUACAGAGUUCAUCAAGCUGCUCUGCAGUGCGUGUCUACGCUUCAUCCGUGAUCGUAGUUUUCCAAAACAAAAAGCCACGGAAGUUCACUCAGAACAUAAUCAGCCUUUAUACCCGAUUUCUGCUGCACCACCGUACCCGACCGCACAACAGAUCCUGACUUUCCUAAGCAAGAGCCGGAUCACAGAAACGCAGCUCAACGUCGAGCACGUCGAGAUGUUGCUGAACGUGCUGGUCCUCGAUGGUGAGAUUGAGGAGAUACCUGCCUUCGGUGCCGCCAUGUGGGGGUUGAACGCCCACGAGGUUGAGAGCGAGAGUGAUGAGGAGCGGGAAAGCAAGAAACGAAAGGAGAAGGCGAGUUCGUCGCGCAAACGGAAACGGAGCAAAUCAAGCCAGUCCUCAGGUUCGGAGUCGGAAUACGAGUCUGAUGACGGCCGAGAGCAGAAGACAAGUUCAAGAAAGAAGAAGAAGAAGAAGAAGAAGGGGGUUGUAGACGAUACAGACGAAAGUGAGAGUGAGCGUAAACCAAAACCAAAGAAGAAACGCAGGAAGAAGGAUAUGAGCGACGCAGAUGAGAGCGAAGGCGAGCGCAAACCACAAUCGAAGAAGCGCAACGAGGACGCAAUUGACGUAGACGAUAACGACAGCGAACGUAAGCGCAAGAAGAGGCGCAAAAAGGAGGAAGUAAGCGACACAGACGAGAGCGAGAGUGAACGGAAGCCCAAGAAGAAGCGAAGGCGCUUGAAGGAGAGCGAUGACAGUGACAGCGAUGAGAACAAGACCAAAAACAAUAAUAGAGGCAAGAGCAAAGGCAAGAAGCGCCAGCACGCCUCUGAAAGCGAGAGCGAGAACUCCGAGUCAAACAGCUCGGGCUUGGAAGGCGACAAAAACCGCUCGCGCUCGAAGUCCAAGACGAAGUCGCGCCCGCGUUCCUCCUCGCCUCCCGCCAUGAACGAGAUCCGUGCGGACUACGGCGCGUACGUGUACCGCGCCGUCCGCCAGGAGCACACUGCUCCUGGGCUUGCGCAAGCGCCGUGUACGCGCUGUCCGACCUUCGACUUUUGCAAGAGCGGGGGACCGGUGGACCCGAAAGGAUGCAUGUAUUACGGGGAGUGGCUGAUCAUGGAGAGUGUGGGCGAGGAAUAG